AUGAGCGCACCGCGUCAGCAGCCAGGGGUCCCUGUCCCCAAACGCCUCCUGCUCCCCGGGAGGACAGAAGCCCCCAGCGGGCGGCGGGGCGGCGGCGCCCGGGCGCAGCGCAGCUUGCUUGGGCUUCUCGUACACGCGUGGCUGUGGGCAGCCUCGGGCUCGUCCACGCAGGUGUCAAACCUCAGCCUCUCGGUGGACGAGGGGCUUCCACCCGACACGCUGGUCGGGGACAUUCGCGCCGCGCUGCCCGCGCCCCAGCAGGAGGCAGGCGGCUUCUUUCUGUCCGAGGACUCGGCCGACUCCCCGCUGCUGGACGACUUCCACGUGCACCCGGACACCGGCGUCAUCCGCACGGCGCGGCGCCUGGAUCGCGAGAGGCGAGAGCGCUACAGCUUCGUGGCCGCCACGCUGCGGGGCGCCGUGGUGCAGGUGCACAUCCGCGUCAACGACGUGAACGACCACGCGCCCCGCUUUCCCCGGGACGAGUUGCAGCUCGAGGUCUCCGAGCUCACUCCGCCCGGCACAGCCUUCCGCCUGCCAGGGGCGCGGGACCCGGACGCCGGGCCGUUUGGCACCCAGGGCUACACCCUGCUUCCUCCUCCCCAGCCGCCCGGGGACCCGGCUGAGCCCUUCUUCCGGCUGCGUUACGGGUCGCCCGGACCGCCGCCGUCGCUCCUGGAGCCCCUGGACUUGGUGCUGCUGCGGCGCCUAGACCGGGAGGCAGUGGCAGCGCACGAACUGCACGUCGAGGCGUGGGACGGCGGCAGCCCGCGGCGCACCGGCCGCCUGCGGGUACUGCUGCGCGUGCUGGAUGAGAACGACAACCCGCCUGUGUUCGAGCAGACCGAGUACCGCGCCGCUGUGCGCGAAGACGCCCCGCUGGGGGCCGAAGUGUGUCGCGUGCGUGCCACUGACCGCGAUCUGGGGCCCAACGGCCUCGUGCACUACAGACUCCGAGUCAGGCCAGGGACAGGGGCAGACAGCGAGGCCCCGGCGGCCGAGGCACACUUCGAGGUGGAGGAGCUGAGCGGCGCGGUGCGGGUGCGGAGACCGCUGGACCGCGAGGCGCAGGCCUGGCACCAGCUGGUGGUCGAGGCCCGCGACGGAGGCGCCGAGCCCGAGGUCGCCACGGUGCGCGUGUCGGUGGCUGUGCUGGAUGUGAAUGACAACCGGCCCACCAUUCACCUACUGUUCCUCACCGAAGGGGGCGCGGCGCAAGUCUCAGAGGGCGCUGCACCUGGGGACUAUGUGGCUCGGGUCUCCGUGUCAGACGCAGACAAUGAUUGUGAGGAGGAGGCUGCUGGCACUCUCGGUAUGGGCCCAGGUGUCGGCAGCAUCUCGCUGGCCUUGGAGGGUGGCGAGGGAGCCUUCGUGCUGCAGCCCGGGGGCUCCCCGGGGGUGUUUUUCCUCUGCAUUGAGGGUGCCCUGGACCGAGAAAGUCGCGAUCUCUAUGAGCUGCGGCUAGUGGCUGUUGAUGCUGGAUUCCCGCCCCUGAGCACCCAGGAGACACUGCUGCUGCAGGUCUCUGACCUCAAUGACCAGCCUCCGGUCUUCAGCCAGGAGCACUACUGGGCCUCAGUGUCCGAGGCUGCAGCCCCUGGCGCCACGGUCCUGUGGGUCAGCGCCACCGAUGCCGACGAGGGUGGCACUGAUCACUCCCGGGUGCGCUACGCCCUUGUUCAGCUCUCAGCUUUCUGCAGCCCAGAGGCCUCGCAGCCCAGUGCUGAGUGUGGGCCAUCUUUCACCAUCCACCCAGAAAGCGGAGUGAUCAGCACCAUUCGAACUCUGGAUAGAGAGGUCCAGCAGGCGGUGGAGCUCAAAGUAGUGGCCCAGGACCUCGGAGAGCCCCCCCUCUCCGCCACUUGCCUGGUGAGUGUCACUGUGGAUGACGUGAAUGACAACGAGCCCAUCUUCCGGAGGCAGGUGUAUAAUGUCACAGUGGCAGAGCACACCCCAGUGGGACACUGCUUUCUGCAGGUGAAGGCCUCUGAUGCAGACGCAGGGCUCUACGGCUUAAUUGAGUAUUCGCUUUAUGAUGGAUUCCAAAGUGAUGAAGCACCUGCAGCGUUCCAGAUCGACCCACGGGAUGGGCAGAUCUGUGUGUCUGAAGACCUUGACAGGGAGCGGGAGCCCAGCACCUUUGAUCUCCUGGUGAAAGCCAAGGAUGGGGGGGGGCUCAGCGCCCAAGCUUUUGUCCGCGUGGAGCUGGAGGAUGUGAAUGAUAAUCACCCUGUGUUUAACCCGUCGACCUACAUGACCAGCAUCAGUGGGCAGACCCAGCCGGGCUCCGAGAUCAUCCACGUUCUGGCCACGGACAGGGACUCUGGGGUCCAUGGGACCGUGGCAUAUGAGCUCAUCCCAGGACAGCAGUCGUCCAUGUUUACCAUCGACACCACCACAGGAAUUAUUUACUUAACAUCAACUCUUAGUCAUCUGGAACCCACUACAGUGUUUCUGACCAUCUGUGCCCGAGAUGGUGGCGGACUCACAGCGGCCACCAAUGCUGAGGUCACCAUACACGUCCUGCACACCACACUGGGUCCUGCUGAAUUUGAAAGGCCCAGGUAUUCCUUCUCAGUUUCUGAAGAUGCGCCUGUAGGCACUGCAGUUGGAACAGUUCAAGCAAGAGAGCCCUUGAAUUCCUCAGAACCCAUCUCUUACCGAAUCUCUUCUGGCGAUCUGGAAGGGCAGUUCUCCAUCCACCCGUGGCUGGGCACAAUUCGCACGCGGAAGCCCCUGGACCACGAGGCGCGGCCCGUGGUGGUGCUCACCGUCCAGGCCCAGCUGGGCAGCUCGGCGGCCUGCAGCAGCACAGAGGUCAACGUCACCGUCCUCGACGUCAAUGACAACCACCCUGAGUUUCUUGGGGCUGCCGAGGAGAUCCGAGUGUCCGCGACCACACCGCCGGGCGCCACUCUGUUCCUGGCGCGCGCCGUGGACAGGGACAGCGGGCGCAACGGGCAGCUGCGCUUCUCCCUGGCGCGCCCGCACCCGCAGGCGUUCGCGGUGCACGCAGGGCUCGGGGUGCUCUUCCUCCGCGCGCGCGUGGGGCCCGACCAGCCGCCGAGGCUCACGCUGACCCUGGUGGCUGAGGACCACGGCGAGCCCCCGCGGACGUCCCUCUUGGGGCUGACGGUCGUCGUCGAGCCACAGGAGCCUGGGCCCGGCCUGGCUUUCGAAAAUUUGGUCUAUGGGGUGGAGGUGAGUGAGUUGGCCCCGCCCCGGACGCAGAUCCUGCAAGUGCGGGCGGGCACCCUGGGCCCGGGACGCGCAGUCCUGCGGGUGAGGUACGCCCUGGAGCCGGGCGCCGACGCGGCCCCCUUCGGGAUCCAGCCGCUUACGGGAUGGGUUUUCCUGCGGCGCCCUCUGGACUACGAAUCCACGCAGACGCACCGCUUCAGAGCCUUUGCCUGUGCCCCGCGGGAUGGAGCGUUGCAAAACGUGAGCACUUCGGUGAUUGUCCACGUCCUGGACGAGAACGACAACGCCCCUGCCUUCUCCAAAAGCCAGUUGUUUCUCAAAGUGGAGGAGAGCCCGGUGCCCCGCGGGGUGGUAGGCAGGAUGGCAGCCUCGGACGCAGACGCGGGCAGGAACGGACAGCUGUCCUAUUUCCUCUUGUCUGCAGGAAACUUUUUCAAGAUGAAUCCCAACACAGGUGAACUGAUCAACUGGUGGGCCCUGGACCGCGAGCGUCAGACGCAGCACCGGUUGACUGUCCUGGUGGCGGACCAUGGCUCGCCGCCGCGAAAUGCCACCACUGUGGUUUAUGUCACAGUGACCGACAUCAAUGACAACAGCCCAUUUUUCCCACAGUUCCUCCCUGGGAAGGAACUUCACGUCAAGGUUCUGGAAGACCAGCCAGUAGAUAUGUUGGUUACAACUGUGUUCGCGAAGGAUCUUGAUGAAGGAAACAACGCAGAAGUUAUCUACUCAAUCUCCUCAGAUUAUUCUGACCAUUUUAAGAUCGACGGCAACAGCGGUGAGAUAAGAACAGCCACGACACUUGCCUAUAGCCGCAGACCCUCCUACAGGCUGACGGUGGUCGCCAGGGACCAGGGCCGGCCUCCACGGCAAGGCCGGGCGCUUAUUCGCAUUCAGGUGAUACCACUGUCUGAAGGACAAGCUAUCAGUUCUCAGAAUAUCCAACAUCUAGUUAUACCAGAGAAUACGAAGCCUUCCAGAAUAAUGAACUUGAUGAAGUCACCUAGCCACCUCCGGCAACAUCACAGUGGAAAGCUACACUUCAGUAUCAUGACAGAUGACAAGAAUGGCCACUUUGAAAUCGACAGCUCUACGGGAGAUUUAUUUCUCUCUAGGGAACUUGAUUAUGAAACAACCUCUCAUUAUCUUUUCAGGGUGAUUGCCAAAGACCGUAGUGAAGGUCCUUCCGUGAAUAGCACGGUCUUCCUUAAUAUUGAUGUGGAAGAUCAAAACGAUCACUCUCCAGUCUUCCAGGAUGAGUUCAUUGUUAUCAGCAUAGAAGAGAAUGUGCCCGUAGGCACCCUGGUGCACACAUUCAAUGCCAAAGAUGGUGACGGUAGCUUUCUGAACAGUAGGAUACAGUACUCCAUUGAGUCCCCCCAGCCUGGAACGAACCCAUUUCUCAUUCACCCCUCAUUUGGCACCUUAGUCACCGCAUCCUCCCUGGACAGAGAGAGUGUCCCAGCCGUCAUAUUGAUGGUCACGGCCUCUGACCAGGCUGUGAAUGUGACAGACCGGCGCACAAGGUCGCUCAUAGCCAAAGUGGUGAUUUUGGAUGUGAAUGACCACAGCCCCACAUUCUUGUCCUUGCCUGUCGCCUAUGUAAGAGAGGAUGCCACUGUUGGCUCCUCAGUGUACCGUGUAAGAGCUCAAGAUCCAGAUGAAGGAAGGAACGGCAAAAUAACCUACAGCAUCUGCUCCGGAAAUGAAAACAUGACCUUUGUGCUGGAUAAGUUCUCAGGCUUACUAACUACAGCUCGUCCUUUGGAUUACGAAACGACAGCUCAGCACAUUCUGACCCUCGUAGCCCUGGAUGGCGGCGUCCCUGCCCGGUCCUCUUCCCAGAUCGUGACAGUUACUGUCCUAGAUGUAAAUGAUGAGGCCCCCGUGUUCAAGCAGCAGCUGUACAAAGCCUCGGUGAAAGAAAACCGAAGUCCAGGGGAGUUUGUCACGAGGGUUGAAGCAACGGACGGAGAUUCAGGCAUCAAUUCCAAGCUUCAGUUUGAAAUCCUAUCGGGGGCCUCCUUUGAGUUUUUCAAGAUCAAUCCUGACACUGGAGAGGUGGUGACAACCACCACACUUGACAGAGAAGUCCAGGACGUCUUUCCCCUUCGAGUCCUGGUACGAGACGGGGGUGUCCCUGCGCUGUCCUCCACCACCAUAGUCAUCUGCACAGUUGAAGACGAAAACGACCAUGAACCAGAGUUUCUUACCUCCAGUCGCAGCAUUGAGGUUUUGGAAAACCAAGAACCUGGCGUUGUCUAUACCGUUUUGGCCUCUGACAUAGAUACUGGCAGUAAUGGAGCUGUCAGGUAUCACAUAAUCAAUGGAAACACGGAUGAGUCCUUUGUUAUUCAUGAAACGACAGGAGAACUGGCAGCCACUCGUGCUUUGGACAGGGAGCGGGUCAGCAGUUUCGUGCUCACCAUCCAGUGCUCUGACCAGGGAGACCCCCCUCAGAGAGCCACCAUGCAGUUGCGGCUGAGGGUUUUGGAUGACAAUGACCACAGCCCUGCCUUUUCCAAGCUGCAUUACCAGUCUUCCGUGAGGGAAGAUGCUGCAGUGGGGACCGUGGUUCUAGUGCUGUCUGCUGUGGACAAGGAUGAAGGCCCGAACGGACAAACUGAGUAUCUCCUGUUGGAUGAGUCUGCUGGCGCCUUCACUGUGGACCCCGUGACAGGUGUGCUGAGAACGAGCCGCAGCCUCGACCAGGAAGCCCAGUCGCAGUACACGUUUUGGGCUGUAGCCAGGGACCAUGGCAUUGAGGGCCCAAGAAGCACCACCGUGACUGUCCAUGUGUCUGUCACUGAUGUUAAUGACAAUGACCCAGUUUGGGAGCAGAAUCCUGUUGAUGUUUUCCUUCCUCCCCAACUGCCUACUGAUCAGGUCAUUACUGUUCUGAGGGUCAAUGACCCAGACAUGGGGCCCAAUGGGACUCUCACAUUCAGCUUUGCAGACACCCAGUCAGUGUUGUCUGUGGACGAGUCUACAGGAGAAAUCAGACUUCUGCGAAGUCCGUCUGCAGACAACUUCCCUCUGUGGCUGCAGGUGAAUGUUGCAGACCGCGGAGUCCCAGCCAGGGCAACCCCUGGUCUCUUGGUCAUUCACAUGGAAGGAGAAGACACAAAGAUCGCCUUCAGCCAGCAUCUGUAUGAGGCCCUGGUGGCUGAAGACUGCGAGGCAGGUACUUCUGUUGUGACUGUGCAAGCUUUUGCUUCUGAAGCAGUUGGGGACAGCGUCAAAUAUUCAGUGUUUAGUGGAAACAAAGAUGGAGUGUUUUCCUUGGGUUCCAGCUCAGGACAACUGACUGUGAAAGAACCCAAAUUCCUUGAUUUUGAAGUCAGGAAUGAAGUACACCUCAUCCUUUUGGCUGAAAGCGGUGAGCAUAGAGCCUACAGCAAAGUGGCAGUCUUGAUACAGGAUGUGAAUGACAACGCUCCGUGCUUUGAGCGAAGUGUUUACCAAGCACCAGUGUCGGAAGGCCAGCGCUCCAGUGCCAGCGUCACACAGGUGACCGCCACCGACCUGGACAGCGGGUUGAGCGGCCUUGUGGAGUAUUCCAUUGUCUCUGGCAACCACGGAGAGGCCUUCCGGAUCGACUCGCGGAGCGGCGUGAUAACCACCGCGGAGCUCCUGGACCGCGAGGGCACUGCCUCCUACAGCCUGAUUGUGCAAGCGGCAGAUCAAGGAGUACCUAGGCUUUCUGCUACAGCUACUAUCCAGAUACAGGUGACCGACGUAAAUGACAACGCUCCAGUUUUUCUUCCUGCUGAAGCAGUAGAAAUUGCAGAAAAUUCUUUGCCUGGUAUGGUGGUGUCUCGGGUAUUGGUUCGUGACGUGGACUUGGAUCCAGCUCUUAUCUUCAGUUUUGCGAAAGGGGGUAAUCCGGGAACCAAGUUUGCUAUGGAUCCGAUCACUGGAAUGGUGAUCUUGGCAAAAGCGCUAGAUUUUGAAGAGGUUACCAGAUACGAGCUGCUCGUCCAGAUUUCUGACUCAGUGCACCACACAGAGGGAUCUCUCAUUGUCCGGGUGUCGGAUGUCAACGAUAACCCACCCGUGUUUGCUGAAGAUUUCUAUCAGGUCACUGUUCCUGAAUCAGUACCCCUGGGGUACUCAGUGUUAACCGUAUCAGCCACAGACCUAGAAGGCAGUGAGAACAUUUCUUACAGAAUCUUUUCCUCCUCACAGGGAUUCUCCAUUGAUCCCAAGAAUGGCACAAUAUUUACUACCAGUCCCGCCCUCCCUCUGGGUAACACACCAACUGUCCGCAUUCUUGUUGAAGCCAGUGAUGGCGGAGUUCCUGAGCUGAGGGCUCUUGCAUUAGUGGAGAUACAAGUGCAAGACGCGAAUGACUGCGCCCCUGAGUUCACUGCGGGGCACUACAAUCUCACCUUGAGUGAAGACACUCUGGUUGGAAGCACACUUCUCACACUUUCGACCUUCGACUGUGACAGGACCCUUGAAAACACGCGUGUUGAGUAUUUCAUCAUCGCCGGUAAUCCUCAGAACAACUUCCAAGUGGAAACUAGCCCCACUGACGCAGCCUCCCCGCACGGGCAGCUGGGUCAUCUUGUGCUACUUCACAGCCUGGACAGAGAAGCAAGCGCCAGCCAUGAGCUUGUCAUUCUGGCGUCCGACCACGGCUCCCCGCCUCUGAGCUCCACGACUGUCAUAGCCCUACAAGUGCUCGAUGUCAAUGACAACCCACCCAGAUUCAGCAGCCUGGAGUACAGAGUCCAUGUCAAAGAAAGCACCCCUCCAGGCAGCGCUGUCGCUGUGGUCUCAGCAAGUGACUGUGAUGCGGGCUCCCACGCAGAAAUCUUUUACCGAGUUAUCUCUGGAAAUGAGAUGGAACAUUUUUACUUAGAAGAAAAAACUGGAGACCUUUAUUUGAUUAAACCCCUAGAUUAUGAAGAAAUGACAAAAUUCACUUUAACCAUCCAAGCUUCAGAUAAAGAUAAGAAACAUUUUUCUUUUGCAGUUGUGUUCAUCAGCGUCUUAGAUGACAAUGACCACAAGCCUCAGUUUCUGUUGUCCAGCCUGAAUUGUACAGCGCCUGAAAAUCUGCCUGCCCUCUCCAGCAUCUGCUCUGUAAGUGCUGUGGAUCUUGAUUCCGGUCCUUAUGGAGAACUGGCCUACACUAUUUCAUCCCCCUGUUUUGUCCCUGAUGGGGGGUCUCCCCAUCAGGACCUCUUUAGCAUUGACCCUUUGACAGGGGACAUUCACGUGAAGCAAACGCUUGACUACGAAAGAGCAGACAAGUACUGCCUCCUAGUGCAGGCCAAAGACAGGGGCGGCUCCACCGCCUCCUUACCUGUGUGGGUGGACGUCGAGGGCACGGAUGAAUUCGAGCCCAUUUUCACUCAGAAUCAAUAUUUUUUCAACCUCUCAGAGAAGAUUCAAGAAAGACAGCUCCUUGGCAGAGUGGAAGCUGCUGAUGCAGACACUGGCACUGAUGGGGUCAUUUUUUACUCCCUGGCAACAGCUUCUCCUAUCUUUUCAGUAAACAGAACUAAUGGGAAUAUAUACUGGAUCGGAGCCUCACCCUUACUGAAAGAUCAGGUAGGCGAAGACAACGCCUUUGAAAUGAAAGUCAUUGCUCGGAGCCCCAAGCCGGGCUCCAGAUCCGCAUCAUGCACUGUGUUUGUGAACCUGUCUCUGUCCUCGGGAGGGAAAGGUGCAGAGUGGUUGGCCUCCAGCGUGCCCCUCAGCCUCACUGCCUCCUUCGCAGUGUUUCUGUUACUCGUCUGCAUCCUGACUGCACUGAUUUUAAAGCUGAAAGCCAAAGCCACACCACACAAUUAUGAAAAGAAGAAAACAUCCUCCUCCUUGCAUCUCAGUUUGAAGCAGACAGAGGAGGCUGACACGCACAAAGCCCUGCAGGAAAAGGGUGACGGCAGGGACGUGGCAGUGCCCAGCGCCACACCCGAGUGGCUGAGCUUCAUAAGCAUCCUGGAGAAGGAUCGGCUCAACCAGUGCCAGCACUCCAACUCCAGCGGCCCCUGUUCUGAGGAAGUGGAGACUGCGGAGGACAGGGAGAUCCAGAGGAUAAACGAGCAUCCUUACACAAAGGACUUGGACUCAGCUCUGAGCGACCGCGGCUCCCGGGUGCCCGACUCCGGCAUCCCCAGGGACUCAGACCAGCUCUCCUGCCUGUCUGGAGAAAGCGCUGAAGGGGCAGAAGGCAGCCGCCCAGUGGGGGGAGCAGAUGGGGAGGGUGGCUCGCACGCCAUCUAUGUUCAAAAGGACCUGCCAUCCCAGACCCUGCAGAGGAAAGGGGCGAAGGAGGAAGUCCUGGCUAACACCCAGAAACAGCCUGGCUUUGUUUCGGGAGACCAGGAAACAAGCCGCAUCGCCUUUUCACCCGAGUUUUCCUCUGGCCACAAUGUGAGAGGCAGCUCUGCCUGGGGUUGCCUCCUGAGCUGGGAGCCUAAGUUCCAGCCUCUUGCCUCGGUAUUUAGUGAUAUUGCAAAACUAAAGGAUGAGUUGGAGGUCGCGAGGCAGAAGCCUGGCAUUUCAAAAGAGAGGGAGUCUCAGGUUUUUCCGCCGCCUUUGAUCACUGCAGUAGCCCAGCCUGGGAUUAAAGCAGUUCCACCGAGAAUGCCGAGAGUGGCGGCCGAGGCCCCAGCCCCAGCCCCAGCCCCAGCCCCAGCCCCAGCCCCAGCCCCAGCCCCAGGGCAGCUACUUCAGAAGUACCCCCAACCCCCUCUUCUCCACCACGAAGGUUCUCUGGCAGAAGCCCUAACGCCCAGCUUACCCCUAGCCCUCUCCCUGCUGACUCUGCGGGCUCCAGCCAGGGCACCACAGAUGCCACACAGAGAACCAUUAGGAACUUGCCUAAGUGACUCACACUGUGAAGUGAAAGUGGAAGAUGAGGCUGAAAUAUGAAGUGAUUGUGAUGCCAGCUACCUUGUCACCAAGUGUCACGAAAGGCUGAACAAAACAUCCCCCACCCCAGGUUCAUUCUUAUUUAAAAGCCAGGGUUUUGCCAACCUCCUGUUUGAGUUUCUCACAUUUCUUCCAGCCUUAGUGAGCAGUUAUGUCUUGUUUGAACCUUUAUGUUUUGCUCUCAGCACUCACAUUUGUACAUGUCAAUCAAUGUCUAUUCUGUCUGGUUUUCUAUAUGAUUAGGUUUCCGAAGGAGUCCGUGAUGCCAAAAGGUUUAUGUGAAAGGAAUGAAAGGCAAGGGCAACGCACUCUGGCCCCAGUACUGCUGAUCACCCCACUGCCUCUAAGUGAACAAACAAAAAUGAGGGUCAGAUGGGGAAAGCGUUUAGGAGAGAAAGUGAACAACAAGGAAAUAUGGACAGGUAAAUCUUUGUUUUAAGACAAAGUAACAGGCCGGAGGUGGUGGUGCACACCUGUAA